AUGGACCAGCGAUUGCCGAAGACGACAGAGGCGGAGCAAAAGAAAACUGAUUCGUUGUCGCUUCCCAAUUCAAGCCUCAAUGCCGACUCCAAAAUGGGGGAGAAUUCUCGUAACGAGCCGAAUGGAGACUCGACCAACAAAAAUGGCGGUGCAAAGCUGGGAUCGGAGAAUCCGCAGUCUUCCGAGGAAGCUCAUCUUGAACAAUUGCAAGCGUCUUUCAGAGGUGGAUCGGGGAGGAAAUCUGUUCAUUGGAGUCCUGACUUGGUGACAGAUUCUGGAGCUUCAAACGGUGGCGAUGGUAACACCGUUUACCUUGACGGAUCUAACCCUUACAUAUCGUCGUCUCCAGCUGGAUCCUCUACUACCGUCUCCUUCAAAGAGAAGGUAGGAAAUGUGCGGGAAUUCCUGGGGAGGUUUGGAAGAAGAGUUGGGGAAGCCACCAAGAAAGCUGAGACCCUUGCCGGCAACACAUGGCAACACUUGAAAACGUCCCCCAGUUUUGCUGAUGCUGCACUAGGAAGGCUUGCCCAAGGAACAAAGGUCUUAGCAGAAGGAGGUUAUGAGAAUAUCUUCAGGCAAACAUUUGAAACUGUUCCCGACGAGGUGCUUCAAAAUUCAUUCGCUUGUUACCUCUCAACAUCAGCUGGUCCAGUUAUGGGAGUGUUAUAUGUCUCCACAGCAAAGCUGGCAUACUCCAGUGACAGCCCUCUUUCUUAUAAAGCAGAUGGGAAAACUGAAUGGAGCUACUAUAAGGUGGUCAUCCCAUUGCAUCAGCUUAAGGCAGUCAACCCUUCGACAAGCAGAACAAAUGCAGCAGAGAAAUAUGUGCAGGUGAUCUCGGUGGAUAAUCAUGAAUUUUGGUUUAUGGGGUUCUUGAACUACAAUGGCGCCGUGGAAUGCCUACUGGAUGCCAUGCAUGCCCAGACCGCUGCAUGA